AUGGGUUCUGCACUUUCUCUGUCUGCUGACAGCGCUGCCUCCAGGUGGAGGAGGAAGGCUGAUGAGGAUGAUGAUGGUGAUGAUGAUUUACUCGACAGCCGAGACCGCAAUGAGGACAUUGCCAAAUUUCCAUACGUUGAAUUCACAGGUCAGGACAGCAUCACCUGCCCCACUUGCCAAGGCACUGGCUGCAUUCCCACAGAGCAGGUAAAUGAGUUGGUGGCUUUGAUACCCUACAGCGACCAGAGGCUCCGUCCACAGAGGACGAAGCUCUAUGUCCUCCUGUCGGUGCUGCUCUGCCUUCUGAUCUCAGGGCUGGUCGUUUUCUUCCUCUUUCCGCACUCUGUCCUGGUGGAUGAUGGCGGCAUUAAGGUGGUUCAGGUCUGGUUCGACAGGAAGAACUCCGUUGUCCUUCUUGCCAUCACGGCCACUUUGCAGAUCAGGAACUCCAACUUCUACUCAGUGACAGUGGACAGUCUGACCAGUCAGGUGCAGUACAUGAACACUGUGGUGGGCAGCCAGCAGAUCACCAACAUCUCCAGCAUCCAGCCACUAAGUGACAAGCUGGUGAAUUUCACGGUGAAGGCGGAGAUGGGAGGACCUUUCUCCUAUGUGUAUUUCUUCUGCACGUUUCCCAAGGUGAAGGUGCAUAAUAUCGUCAUCUUCAUGAGGACGUCGGUGAAGCUCUCCUACAUGGGCCGCAGGACGCAGAGCUCGGUGGAAACGUAUCACUACAUCGACUGCAGCACCAACUCCACGGCUGACCCGGCCCCCUCUGGGCACAGCGUGGCUCUGAGCAAAGCCUGAGCUUGCUGCUGCGUUCUGGGGGUGGUGAUGGUGCAGAUGGAUUUCCCUGGUGAAAUAUGGAACGUGUAGCUUAGAAAACGAACUUUGCGAUGGAAGCAGAAGGACCGCGAGUGGCUUUAGGAGAGACUUGAAGGCUCUGGGUCCCUUUUGCGCUUUGCCACCUGCAGCUGGGCUGCGUUGCUGGCCUGUCCCUGAUCUUGAUGUUCACUUACAAGCCUCCAGGUCCCUUCCAAAGUGAGAGGCCUGACUUUUUCUUGAGCUCUUUAACUGUUUUUUUUGUGUAAGAGAGCUGAGGACUCGAGCUCUGUGCUUUGGGGUCCGAGGAUCUCAAGGACUUAGAUUUGAGUUUUGAAGUUUA